AUGCGAAGGGUUCUUGCGGUUGCUCAGGUUCUGAUACUUUCCCAAGGCACCCGAAGCUUCAACCUGCCGUUUCCCCCAGCAAGAUCUCCUGGCACCAGCACCAGCACUACCACCAGCGGACAAGCAGUUAAUCCUGCUCGGUCUCGCAAUGGCCAGGAGCGCCAGCACCAGCAACGCUGCAGUAGCGCUCUUCGUCAAGAUGACCAACCCGCCAACGACAACGAGCAGCGUACCUCCGACGGCGGAAGCGGCGGCGGCGUGACUCGGAGGGAGUUUUUCAACACCAUAGGAUCGGCCGGCGCUGCUGCCGCCGCGUGGGCUGCGGUCGCGGGGUCUAGCUCGGCGGCGGCCGGCGGCGUCGACCGGAAGGCUGCCGGGCAGGCGUCAAGGGCUCGGGUGUACGGGGAGGUCGACAAGAGCCCGAACGACCCGAGGAGCUACCGCGCGAUAUCUCUUGCCAGCGGAAUGAAGGUGCUGCUUAUCUCAGACCCGAACACAAAGACGUCGGCGGCCGCCAUGGACGUGCACGUGGGACACUUCUCCGAUCCAGAUGACCUUCCCGGCCUGGCUCACUUCUGCGAGCACCUCCUAUUCCUUGGAACCGACAAUUACUCCACGUAUCUGGGGUCGCAUGGAGGAACUAGCAACGCCUACACGGACACGGAAGACACGGUGUACUUCUUCGACGUUAGCUCGGACUACCUCAAGGGAGCUCUCGACCGUUUCGCACAGUUCUUCAUCGCGCCGCAGGCGGCGCUUGGGGAUUGA